AUGGAUCCCGUAUUAGGAAGUGCCCUCAUUGAUCCAUGGACCCGGGUUCACUCCAACCCAAUGAAAGGGCUGGUUGCGACGGAUUUUCUCCUUCUGCAUGGAGAGACUGUCCAACUGAAAGGGAGGAUCCCGUCGGAUGCCAAAGAUUUUGUCGUGAAUCUGGGCCAGGAUCGCGACAACCUCGUCCUUCACUUCAACCCCCGCUUUGACUACCAGACGGACGACAACACCAUUUUGAACACCAUCGUGUGCAACUCCUUGCAGAACGGCGUAUGGGGGAAAGAACAGAGAAUCACCGAUUUCCCUUUUGAGCAAGGUGCCAAAGUUCAGCUUUCCUUCACUUUUCUUUCUGCGGAGAUCAAGGUGAAGCUGGCAGAGGGUCAUGAGUUCACCUUUCCCAACCAGCUGGGCCUGAAGACCAUCGGCUAUAUCAGGGUGGAAGGAGACUUCAGAAUCAGAACCCUCAAAUUUCUCUAG